CACAGACAGAACCAGAGCUCUACAACCAUGGCUUCAAACGAUUACCCCAGUCUCCCUCGCCAAUCCACCCUCGCUCAAUUGCCCCCCGAAUACCCCGCCGACGCCCAGGAUCAAAUCUCCCAGACCCUCUCCAACUCCCGCCUCAAUCGUCUCGUCGUCCUCGAUGACGACCCCACCGGCACGCAAACAUGCCAUGACAUCUCCGUCCUCACGGUCUGGGACAUUCCCACCCUGACCGAGGAAUUCCGCCAACCCUCCGCCGGCUUCUUCAUCCUCACCAACUCGCGCGCCCUGCCCCCAGCGGAAGCCGAGGUCCUGAUCCGCACCAUCUGCCAAAACGUCUCCCAAGCCGCCCAGGCCACCAACCAGACCGUCGACAUCGUCCUGCGCGGUGACAGCACUCUGCGCGGCCACUUCCCGCUCGAAGCGGACGUCGCCACGGACGUGUUCGGCGCCGCCGACGCCUGGGUCCUGGCACCGUUCUUCUUCCAGGGCGGCCGCUUCACCAUCAACGACGUCCAUUACGUCGCCGAGGGCGAGGACUUGGUCCCCGCCGGGAAGACGCAGUUCGCGCAGGAUGCCACCUUCGGGUACAAGAGCUCCAACCUGAAGGAUUACGUGCUGGAAAAGGCCCCCGGCCGGUUCAGCCCCGCGCAGCUCCAUUCUGUCACCGUCGACGAGAUCCGCACCGGUGGUCCGGACGCGGUACUUCGGAAACUGAUGAGCCUGCCGAAGGGCGGCGUCGUGGUCGUCAAUGCGGCUGCGGAAUCAGAUAUGCAUGUUUUCGUAGCCGGCUUGUUACUGGCCGAAGCCCAAGGAAAACACUACCUCUACCGCACCGGCGCCGCCUUCGUCUCGACCCGUCUCGGCAUCCGCUCCAAACCCCCCAUCUCAGCGCGGGACCUCUCCCUCCCUACCCCGCGCACAACAGGCGGCCUCAUCCUCGCCGGCUCCUACGUCCCCAAGACAACCGCGCAGCUGAAGGUCCUAACCGAUCGACGCGGUCCCAGCGCCCCGUCCCCGAGAGCGGAGAACGAGCAACUCGCCAUCAUCGAGAUCAGCGUCGAAGAGCUGAUCGCGUCUCCGGACAGCGCGGCGCAUGUCAUUGACAGCGUCGUGCGCCAGACAGAGACGUUCUUGUCCGCCGGACGAGAUACAUUGGUUAUGACGAGUCGGAAGCUGAUCACGGGGGGAGACGAGCUUGCGUCGUUGAAGAUUGGGUCGAAGGUGGCGGAGGCGUUGGUUGAUGUGUUGCGGAAGGUGGAGGUGAGGCCGAGAUAUGUGAUUGCGAAGGGCGGAAUUACAUCCUCCGAUGCAGCGACUAAAGGAUUGAAUGUGAAACGGGCCUUGAUUGUCGGACAGGCCGCGCCGGGCGUGCCCUUGUGGCGAUGCGACGAGCCGACUUCUCGACAUCGCGGUGUGCCUUUCGUGGUGUUCCCCGGGAAUGUGGGCAGCGAGACGACGUUAUGUGAUCUAGUGGAGGCGUGGAGUUGAGGAAGAUCCUAUCUAUAGACGGUG